AUGUAUAUUCAAGAUAUUGUUAUAGAUGGUUUUAAAUCAUAUGCAAAUAGAACAGUUAUAGAGGGAUUCGACCCAACGUUUAAUGCUAUCACAGGUUUAAAUGGUAGUGGUAAAAGUAAUAUUUUAGAUUCAAUUUGUUUUGUAUUGGGUAUUUCAAAUUUAUCACAAGUUAGAGUUGAUUCACUACAAGAAUUAGUUUAUAAAAAAGGUCAAGCUGGUAUAGUUAAAGCAAGUGUUACAAUUACAUUUAAUAACUCUGAUAAAAAGCAAUCACCUGCUGGUUAUGAACACUAUGAUGUUAUUACUGUUACUAGACAAGUUGCAAUUGCAGGUCGUAAUAAAUAUUUAAUUAAUGGUCAUACUGCACAACUAUCAAGAGUUCAAGAUUUAUUUCACUCUGUACAAUUAAACGUUAAUAAUCCACACUUUUUAAUUAUGCAAGGUCGUAUUACUAAAGUAUUAAAUAUGAAGCCACCCGAAAUUUUGUCAAUGAUUGAAGAGGCAGCAGGUACUAGAAUGUUUGAGGUUAAAAAAAGACAGGCAUUAGUUACAAUUGAAAAGAAACAAACCAAAGUCGAUGAUAUCAACAAAAUUUUAGCAGAAGAAAUCACACCAACAUUAGAAAAACUCCGUGCCGAGCGUACCUCAUAUAUGAAAUUUACAAACAAUCAAACCAAUAUCGAUCGUCUUCAACGUUUUAUUACCGCUUAUGAAUACUAUAGUAAUGAAAAGAAAAUGGAAAGCUCAGAUUUAGAGGAAGUUAAAACAAAUUUAGAAAAUAGUCAAAAGAGAAAGAAAGAAUUAACAUCACGUUUAAGUGAAUUAAAACAAAAGAUUUCAGAGAUGGUUAAAGAAAGAGAGAGAGAGUCUGGAUUGGAUGAAAUGGAUCAAAAGGAACAAAAGCUCGUUAAAGAAUUGGUUAAGCUUCAAACAGCAUACAAAAAUCAAAAAGAAUUAUUAGAUAAGGAGGAAAAUACUAUUACAAAUAUCGCUAGUAAUCGUGAAGAAGUCAAACAAGGUAUUCAACAAAAGCGUGUAGAAAAAGAACAAUUUGAAAAAAAGAUUGAAUCAAUUGUGAAUGAAAAUCAACAACUUAAUAACGAGUUAAAACAGUUACAAAGCAGACAACAAGCAAUGACUACUGGUAUCACAAGUGGAGGUGAGGGUGCCGGUGAAGAUGGCUCAUACACUGAACAACUAAUGGAGGCCAAAAAGAAUGCUGUAAAUGCCUCAACCACCAUAAAGCAAGCUGAAUUCCGUAUCAAGCAUUUAAAUAGUGAAUUAAUUACAAAAAGAAAGUUGGUCACCCAAGAGCAAUCUGAUCACAAAAAACUUCAACAAGAAUAUGAUAAUGUUGAUAAAGAAAUCCAAGCACUUUUAAAACAACUUGAAUCACUCUCUGGUAAUAAUAAUAAACAACAAGAGCUUGUUGAAAAGAAACGUCAACUAGAACCACAAUGCUCUAAACUUCGUGAAGACGUUGGUAAUUUAUCUGCACAAUUAAGUGGCUUAGAAUUUUCAUAUACCGAUCCAUCAAAAGAUUUCGAUAGAAGAAAAGUUAAAGGUAUUGUCGCCAAUUUAGUUUCACUCAAAGAUUCUGAAACUGCAACUGCUUUAGAAAUUUGUGCUGGUGGCAAACUUUAUAACAUUGUGGUUGAAGAUGACAAUACCGGUAAAGCUUUACUUUCAAAAGGCCAGCUCAAGAGAAGAGUUACACUUUUACCAUUGAACAAAGUUGAAAGUCGUUCAAUCGACCCAGCCAAAGUUAAAUUAGCCCAAAAGAUUGGUGGUGCUGAUGGUAUAAAGCCAGCCAUUGACCUUGUGCAAUUCGACAAAGAACUUUAUCCAGCAAUCAACUAUGUAUUUGGUUCAACAUUUGUUGCCAAUGAUAAAAAAUAUGCUCAAAAGACUGCAUUCGAUCCAAACAUCAGAGUUCGUACAAUUUCAUUAGAGGGUGACGAAUAUAAUCCAUCUGGUUCUUUAACUGGUGGUAGCAGACCAUCAAGUGGUUCAAUUUUAACUCAUAUCCAACGUUUAAAUGAAAACAAUAGAAAACUUCGUGACUGUCAACAUGAAUUAGAAUCUGUAAAUACCGAACUUUCAAAAAUUAGAUCAUUGGUCGAUAAUUUCAAUCAAUUAGAACAACAAAUUUCAAUCAAAAAACAUCAACUUCAUCUUACAAAACAACGUUUAGAAUUAAAUCCACAUCACCAACUUUUAGAAAAUAUUAAAGAAAUGGAAAACUCAAUUAAAACCGAUACUCUUUUAAUUGAAACCUCAAAGCAAAAAGAAACCGAAUCAUUAGAAAAAGUUGAAGAGUUAGAAGCAAAUGUUAAUAAUUUUCAAUCGAUUAGAGAAAAGCAACUUAAAGAAGUUGAAAAGAAGAUUCAAGCUCUUAAAGAAAAAUGCAAUAAAUCAAAUAAAUUAGUAAAGAGUGAAAGUGUUGUUAUUGAAAAUCUUGAUAUCGAAAUUCAACAAAUGGAAAACGAAUUGGAAUUACUCUCUAAAGAUGCUCAAGGAAAUGAAGGUGAAAUUUUAAAGAUGAGAAAAGAUUGCGAAAAGAUUAAUCGUGAAAUUGUAGAACUCAAUAAACAAUUGGAUCACAUCAGAGAAACCCUUUCGGAAAAGAGAAGAGAGAUGGCCGAUAAAAAUGAAACUAUUCGUUCAUAUAAUCACGAGGCAGAAAAAGCUCAAUUAGAACUUACCGAUAUUGAAAUUAAAUAUACAUCAUAUAAUGCAAAGAUUACCAGAUACAACAAAGACCGUACAGACGCUGCCAAAUGGUUAGAGGCUACACUUAAAAAGAAUCCAUGGAUCGCUAAUGAAAAAAAACUAUUUGGUAAACCAAAUGGUGAUUUUGAUUUCAAAGCUAUCAACCCAGAAAGAGCCAAUGCUGAACUUAUUAAACUUCAAGAAGAACAAGAAAAACUUUCAAAAUCCAUCAAUCGUAAGGUAAUGAGCAUGUUUGAUAAAGCUGAACAAGAGUAUCAAGAAUUAAUGGAAAAAAAGAAAAUUAUUGAAAAUGAUAAAAGAAAGAUCGAACAAGUUAUCAAAGAAUUGGAUGAAAAAAAGAACGAAUCACUUCGUAGCACAUGGAAAAAAGUAAAUAAAGAUUUUGGAUCAAUUUUCUCUACUCUCUUACCAGGUACAUCCGCUAAAUUAGAACCACCCGAAGGUAAAACAGAAUUAGAUGGUUUAGAAGUUAAAGUUGCUUUCGGUGAUGUUUGGAAGGAAUCUUUAUCAGAAUUAAGUGGUGGUCAAAAAUCCUUGUUAGCACUUUCUCUUAUUCUCUCACUCCUCUUAUUUAAACCUGCCCCAAUGUAUAUUUUAGACGAAAUCGAUGCUGCUUUAGAUCUUUCCCACACUCAAAACAUUGGUAUGAUGUUAAAACAACAUUUUACCUCCUCCCAAUUUAUUGUUGUAUCACUCAAAGAAGGUAUGUUUAAUAAUGCAAAUGUUUUAUUCGAAACUAAAUUUAUUGAUGGUGUUUCAAAAGUCCAUAGAACUGUUUUCAAUCAAUCAAAUAGACAAAGUUCAAAACCAAAAAAAUAA